AUGGUUUUUCUUACUAGAACCGUCUUAGCAGUGAAAGAUAUAAAAGUACCUCGUAAAUAUCUACGUAGUAAAUUUAUAGAUUCAGUCAGACUUCAUGUAAAAGGUGGCACAGGAGGCACAGGUCUUCCAAAAUUUGGAGGUCUUGGUGGUCAAGGAGGCUGUGUAUAUUGUGUUGGAAAUGAAAAUGCUAAUCUCAGAAGUAUUGUGUCAAAGUACCGUGCAAAGACUGUUAACGCCGGUCACGGUGAAGACAGUCGGAAAACUAAGAUUGUUGGUAAUCCAGGUGCAGAUGUAAAACUUGAAGUUCCGCUGGGGGUAACAAUUUACAGAGAAGAUGGGAAUAUUCUUGGUUCUAUAGACAAAGAAGGAGAAACUGUAAUAGUGGCGAGAGGAGGCCCUGGAGGAAAUCCCGACAAUAAUUUCUUGGGCCAUUUUGGUCAAAUACAUCAUGUACGGUUGGAUUUAAAGUUAAUUGCGGACAUAGGCCUUGUUGGCUUCCCAAAUGCAGACAUAAUUGGAAUAUCUGCUUUAAAAGGAAGCUCCAUUGAUGAAUUGAAGCAACUUGUAAGAAAGAGGUUAGACGAGUUUGCCGAAGAAAACAAUCCUCAUAUUGUAGAGCCUAGUACAUUGUUCAAGAGAAACAGAGCUAUUGUUAGAGAAAAAGGACCUAAAAUAACA